AUGGAUAGAAUAUUAAUUACAGAAAGAACAGACACAUGUUAUACAUAUAACCAUGAUAUAAAUAAUGAUUUGGGAAUUAGAAUUUCAUCUAUUUUUGUCAUAGCUGUUGUAUCCUCACUUGGUUCAUUUUUCCCAUUAAUUUCAAAUCGAUGCAAAAAAUUUCAACCUCCCAAUUGGGUCUUCUUUAUCACCAAAUACUUUGGUAGUGGUGUUAUUCUUUCUACUGGGUUUAUUCAUUUAUUAGCUGAUGCUCUGGAAUCAUUAACUGAUCCUUGUAUAGGAGGUACCUUUGAAGAUUAUCCCUGGGCAGAAGCAAUUGCAUUGAUGAGUUUAUUUCUGGUGUUUACGUUUGAUGCUUUGGCUCAUAAACAGUUACAGGAUCAAUCAGUAAUGAAUAAAGUUCAGGAAACAUCAGAAUUAUUGGGUUGUUGCAAUGCUCUGACUGGUCCAUCUUUAAUAAAGAAAAAGUCCCCAGACAUAUACACAGAAGAAAUUUCUAAUGCGGAAUCAACUACAACUACUGAAAUAUCCAAAGAAAAAAUGUUAAAUUGUAUAAUUCUAGAAUGUGGUAUUGUAAUUCAUUCUAUAUUCAUAGGAUUAUCUUUAGCCGUCUCAAACUCAGAGUUCACUACGUUAUAUAUUGCCCUUUCAUUUCAUCAAUUUUUUGAAGGGUUGGGGUUAGGUACAAGAUUUGCUGAUAUAAUAUGGCCAAGAAAGUAUUGGUACCUUCCAUGGAUUAUGGCAAUAAUUUUCAGUUUAUCAACUCCGUUGGCCAUUGGGGUUGGUUUAGGAAUUAGGAACUCAUUUUCUAUUGGGUCACGAAACGGAUUAAUAACUUCCGGUAUAUUUGAUGCAGCUUGCGGUGGGAUAUUAAUCUAUAAUAGUGUUGCCGAAUUGAUGGGAUACGAUUUCAUAUACGCCUCAGAGUUUAAAAGCAUCAGAUCUAUGUUGCUGGGUAUUUUCAUAUUAGGAUUAGGAGCAUUAUCUAUGGCCAUCAUCGGAAAUUGGACAUAA